AUGGCUGCAACUACUGCUCAGCCCAUGGGGAGCCUGCCCAGUGGACUGGGAAUAUGCACCACAGCACCGGAUAUAUUUUACAUACCUGAACUGGUAUUUGGUGGUUUGGUUUGGAUUCUUGUUGCAUCGACACACGUGGCCCCACCGAACCCUCUGGGGUGGGUGAUGUUCGUCUCUGUUUUCUGCUUCGUCAUGACCUUCCUCUGGAUGAUCAUCUUUGCUGCCGGAGGUCAUAAAAACAGUUCUCACUGGGCUGCUGCUGAUUUUGCUUACCAUGGCCUGGCAGCGCUCUUUUUUUUAAGUGCAGGGGUGGAUUUGGCUUACAUUACCCUCUUGAUGAAAGACAUUGACCUUAAACUCUACCGGACUUACAUUUCUGCUGUGGUGUUUGCCUUCGCGGCCACACUCCUGUACUUCAUCCAUGCCAUUCUCUCAGCCAUCCGAUGGAAAUAUUUCUGA